CCGCCCCUCUCUGCGUGCGUGACGCACCCUGAUGACGCCAUCGGGCGGCGCCGGCGGCCGCGGGGAGGCGGCGGCGGCUGAGGGAGCCCCGGGCCAAUGAAGGAGGCUCUGGCAGCUCGGCAGCUCUGGGGGGGGGGGCCAGGAGGACCUCGCCAUUUCCUGCCCCCCCCUCCCCAUGAUCCCCCCGAGGACCCCCCCCCCUACCCUUUCCCACCCUCCCCUUUCCUGGGGAGGGGUCCCAGUAGGGACCCCUCCCUCGCUUUAUUUCCCCCCCCCUUCCUGGGGCCCCUCCCCUCGUGUUGAUUCCGAGGAGGAGGAGGAGGAAGAAGAAGUAAAACGAGGGGGGGCUGGAAGGGGGAGGGGAGGGCCCGGAAAAGUAGGGGGGACUCAAAAAUGGACCCCUCCUAAAUGGAGACCCCCCCUGAGGGGGCUUUUUAUGCCCCCCCCGCGCCGGAGACCCCUCCCCAAACGCAGGCUUCGAGCACUCAGGGCCCUGAGGAUGCUGCUGAGGGGGGGGGGCCCUUGGAGCUUCCCUUUGAAACGGGGGGGGGCCCUGCGAAGGAGACCCUCCCGGAAGCGACCCCCCCCCCCCUUUGUCUCCCGAGGAGCAAGAAAAGGGGGGGGCAGACCCCCAGACUCCCCCCCCAGAGGAAGAUUUGCCUCCCCCGCCUCUGGCUGAACCCCCCUUCCCCCCCCCUUUAUUUGGGGAGUUGGAGGAGGGGGGGGAACACCCCCUAAAUAAUGAGGGGGGGGCGCUGAUGGGGACCCCCCCAGGGCUCGAUGGGGGAGAAGGCCCCCUCCCCAAUGGCUUUGGGGGGGGGGGGGGCAGCCCCCUGCAGCCCCCCCGAAGCUGCCAUCUUGAUCAGCAACGUUUGCAGCAUGGGGGGAGGCACUGAAGGACCUCCCCCGACAGGCACUCCCCCACCCCCCCAAAUUCGAGGAGCGGGUCCCCAAAAUAGCCCCCCCCUGAGAGAGGAACACGUCAGCUGCGUGCAGAGCAUCCUGGACGAGUUCCUGCAGGCCUACGGCAGCCUCAUCCCGGUCAGCGCCGAUGAGGUGGUGGAGAAGCUGGAGGACAUCUUCCAGCAGGAGUUCAGCACCCCCCAGAGGCGCGGCUCGGUGCAGCAGCUGAUGCAGUCGUACCAGAGGCUCCCUGGCAAUGCUCUGCUCCGCGGCUUCCGCGUCAGCUACAAGCGCCACGUCCUGACCAUGGAUGACCUCCAGACCCUCUAUGGCCCCAACUGGCUCAACGACCAGGUGAUGAACAUGUACGGGGACCUGGUGAUGGACGCAGUGCCCGACAAGGUGCAUUUCUUCAACAGCUUCUUCUACGACAAGCUGCGGACCAGAGGCUAUGAGGGGGUCCAGCGCUGGACCAAGAACGUGGACAUCUUCGGCAAGCAGCUGCUGCUGAUCCCCAUCCACCUGGAGGUGCACUGGUCCCUGGUGGCCGUGGACGUGGGGCGGCGACGAAUCACCUACUUCGACUCCCAGCGCACCCUCAACCGGCGCUGCCCCAAGCACAUCUGCCGUUACCUGCAGGCAGAGGCCGAGCGCAGGCAGAGACCUGACUUCAGCAGGGGCUGGAGGGGGGCGUUCAAAAUGAACGUUGCCAGGCAGAACAAUGACAGCGACUGCGGAGCCUUCGUGCUGCAGUACUGCAAGUUCCUGGCCCUGGGCAGACCUUUCAGCUUCACGCAGCAGGACAUGCCCCAGCUGCGGCGCCUCAUGUACAAGGAGCUGUGCCACUGCAAGCUGGCACUCUGAGCGGGCACCCCUGGCACCCGGGGGGGAGGGGGAGCGGGGGGAGCGCCCCCCCAGAAAAAACUGCCCUGGGAAGUGGCUCCCCCUCUCCCCCCACCCCCCCCUCGGCUCCUUCUCUGUGUCUCCUCCCGGAGGGUUUUUAGUGGAAGCAAAUAAAAAGUGAGGGUUUGGA